AUUCUUAAAUCCGCUUUAAUUCAUUGUCAAGUCCGUAAGAGCCUCGUGCUGCGGUCCGAACUCCGAAGGCCUCGAGGCUCCAAAGAGGACGCCGAUCUCAGUAUCUGCAUCUGUAAUUUUGGAAUUUUUUAUCGUUUAUAUUCAAUCUGGAGAUUUAUGGAGAACUCCGGAGCUCCAUCGCAGUCGGUCGAGGAGGCGGUGCCGGAUUUGCUCGAUCGGCAGGCAUCUGGCCAAGACAAAAAAAAUGGAGGAGAAAUUACACCAGCUCAUCAUUCUAGACGGCCCAAUCUUUCCUCUUUACAAAUACCUACAAGAACAUUGGAAAACCAGUUGCCUUCAUCAACAAGAAUUAAUAUACCUCCAAGUCCUAGUUCGACAAGAGCAGGCUUGCCCCCCAGGCCUGCAUCGGCAAGGACAAAAUCAUCUAUCAGGAAUCUGCUUUCUCAACGGAGCUUUAAGACAAAAAGUUCAACUCCAGAGAGUGACAGAACAAUCCUCCUCAUUCCAGGAACAACAUCUUCAGAAGGACGAGAUAAACCUUCUACAUCAAAACCAUUCUCUCUUACCAAGGUUUUAUCCUCUGCAUCAGCAAAAAUAACACAUUCGUUACCCGUGACACCAGUUGCAAGUUCAGGUCCAGGUUCAGGCCAAGAAAGACAUGUGGUUGACAUGUCUAAUUUGGAUAACCAAGAAGUUCGGACACAAAUCAGACGCUCAUUAUCAGUGCCAGGACUCACCAAAAACAGAAGUUUACGGCGGAUGGAUUCAGUUGCUCUUAUCCGUGUGAUUUCAGCAACCCCUCGUCCUGUUGCUGCUAACACUGCCACACAAAGUGAUGCUAUAGAGAUAGUAAAUGCAACUGAAGAUGAAGGUGAAGACAUUCCUGAAGAAGAGGCAGUUUGCAGGAUAUGUUUGGUUGAACUGGCAGAGGGAGGAGAAACUCUUAAAAUGGAAUGUAGCUGCAAAGGGGAACUUGCACUUGCACACCAAGAAUGUGCUGUGAAGUGGUUUAGCAUUAAGGGGAAUAAGACAUGUGAUGUUUGCAAGCAAGAAGUUAAAAACCUACCUGUAACAUUAUUGAGAAUACAGAAUCCUCAGACUGCAAACAGGCGGCCACCAAAUGGGUUUCAGCAAACAGAAGUUGCUCGGUACAGGGUCUGGCAGGAUGUCCCAGUUUUAGUCAUGGUAAGCAUGCUUGCCUAUUUCUGCUUCUUGGAGCAACUUUUGGUUACUGAUAUGGGCUCACGUGCACUUUCCAUAUCUUUGCCUUUUUCUUGUGUUUUGGGUCUACUCUCUUCCAUGAUAGCUUCCACAAUGGUGAGCAAAAGUUACAUCUGGGCUUACGCAUCCUUCCAGUUUGCAAUCGUAAUCCUGUUUGCUCAUAUUUUUUAUAACGUGCUCAGAGUUGCUGCUGUCCUCUCUGUCUUGCUUUCAUCAUUCACUGGGUUUGGGAUCGCAAUCAGUACAAAUUCUUUGCUUGGAGAGUAUUUAAGAUGGAGAGCUAGGAGAAAUCGGCAACAAGCACAUCAGCAGCACCAGCAGCAACAGCAACAACAACAACAUGAUGGCAGACAGCAGCAAGUAUCACGAGACAACCCUAUAGCUGAAAUUGGGGAUGAUGCUGGGCAGCAAGAAGCUCAAAGCCAGAUCCAGAACACUAGUUCUUCACAACAUGGAUGAAAUUGUUUCUGGUGCUGCUUACAGUACCAAUCACAAGAGGUACAUGGAUGCAGUGAUGGGUGAAUGGUCGACCAGCGGACUGGCACCAAAUGUGAAUGGAUGGGAGAAAUUUUGCCAUGGUUGGAGAACAAUAACAGAAGAAGGCAACCAUAAGAUGAGAUUGAUAGUAUCUAUGUUUGCAAUUAAAGAGGAAAGUCUGUUGUUGUAAAAGGGCAAACUUUUUAGUUUGCUCACAAAUUGGGUUGUGUGGUGCCCAGAAUGCAAGUAUAUUCAUCCUGUUCAAGCUGUCAUCUUCUUUGGUUUCUUUAUAUAAUGUUGUUUUUGAAUCUGCAGUGUCAACAAAUUUCCUGUAGGAAUUUACUUAGGAGUGCAAUAAUUUUGGCUUAUGAUUGGGAAAUUUUAUCAACCAGAAUUAUGUUGUGAGUGGUUUCCUAGUACAAGGUUUGCCCAGCAUGUGUAAUUAUAGAUAUUAUAUGAGAAUUUUGCAAAAUAUAUGUCUAAUA